CACUGGGGUAUUUCUUAUAAUUAUGAUUAAACACUAAUCGAAAAGCUGCAAUCAUGCAAUGACCUGUGUGAAUGGAAAGCCCAUAGGGACUGACGUUUUACGAGCUAAUUGGUUAACUUGUUACGAACUCUGCAGUUGCUAUGGCGACGAUGAUAGCUUCAUUGCGCCUGUUUGAAAACUAGCUAGCAAGUUAGGUAGCUUUCGUUAAAUCUGGUUGCACGUGCAAACAAAGUAAAAAGAAAACUAAUUUACCUUAAAUGUGAAACUUAUUGUACUUCCGAUUUAUUUGUAGAGAAAGAGAAUAUCGUAGUUAAACAGAAUGUUUUCUGGCUAUCAAAAAUAAAACUGAUAAACAUGACUAAACCACCACCGGAAGGGUUUCGGCGCGUUAUUUCUCCAGAACAAUCUUCCUCCAUACUAUACAAGAGCAACGCAUUACCAGUCCUGACCAGAGGGUGGCGAUAUUGACUAAGAAACUGGUGCUUACAGGCUAAUUCCACCAGUCUGCAGCUUCUGGUGGAAUUAUUACAUUGGAGAGAAGGCAUCUGCCGGCGUUGUUGAAGCAGCGUGAACCGCAGCAGGUCUAUGUCCAGCUGGAAGAGGUUCAGGGUCUGCUGAUGGCUAUGAGGACAGAGAUAUGACUGGAUGAUGAGUGCAGAGCUGGAAAAUACCAUGCAGAUCAUCUCUGAGCACAGCUGCACUGUGGACAUGCAACAAUAUUUCACUAACCAGAUCGAGCAGCUCAGAGGGGAGAAUCAACAACUGAAGGCUGCAUUGAGACAGGCAGAGCUCAGACUCAGCACAAUGGUGAGAGAGAAGGCCUGUCAGCAGGCUGCGCUCUCAGAAAAGACCUGCAAUGUUGAUCAGCUUACUUUAGAAAAACAGCAGAUGACCGCUGAGCUGGGAGUGCGGCAUAUGCAGCUUACCCAGCUGAAAGAGGAGCAUGAAGCUUUGAAAGAGCUAUUUGGCAGUAAGACCUGUGAGCUGGAACAGCAGAACCUUAACCUCAGGACUCAGCUGAAGACCGUACGGGCAGAACUGGCCCAGGCCAACAGUUGGUUGAGAGCACUGGGAGCUGAUGGUCAUGGUCUUAAGGUUGCUCUUGGGAUGCAGAAACAAAUUACCGCUAAAAGAGAACAGAUUGAUUUUCUGCAAAGCCGAAUUCAGCUGCUGGAGGAGACCAUUGAGAAGCUCAAGAUGGAGAAGCAUCGUCAGGCAUUGCUGGUUAAGAGACAAACACAAGAGCUAGGGUCAGAGAGGGAGAGCAGGAGAAGACUGGAGUCAGAAGUGGAGGCUCUGUGCUCACAAGAGCGAGAACUCAAAGACAAAGCAGAGAGACUGGAAUCAGCUUUAUUCAAGAUGUCUGAGAGUUUUGCUGAAUGCCAAGACUUUAUUCAGAAGCAGGAACAGGAGUUUAUGAGGCUAAAACUGCAUCAUACUUUAGAUAUAAAGGAAUUGCAAAGCCAGAACUGGCGUAACGUCCCCAGAUCUCCAGUCAGCAGCCGUACCCUACAGACUCAUCUUCCCCUCGCUCAGCAUAUCGUUAAUGGCCUAAUGGAGAUGAGAGUCUGUGACCCUAUUGUAGAGCUGAAGAACACUGGAAGAGAGCUGCAUGGUGGGAUUGUUGAAGAUCAAGGACCACACACUAGUACGAGCUUCAGGAGGAGACCCGAGGAAGACCACAAAUCUAGACAACCUACAGAAACUAAAGAUGCUGAAUGUACCACAAGGCCAACUGGGAGAAUAACCAGUUACAGUGAGCUCAGAAAUGCUGAACCUUAUAAGCAGGAUUGCAACAGCCCUUUAUCAGCUGACAAUAAUGCAGUACGUUUUAGAUCGGGCCAGAUGUGCUAUUCCCGCUCUGCUCGUGCAGCAGGACGCAGGUCUCCUGUGCACCUUCUGCUCACUUCAGAUCUUCCUGCUGACAGAAACUAUUGCCUGGAGAUGGAGCACCCUGCCAACGCUAAUCAGAUAUCUGCCAACAAUCAAGAUGAGCUCAAAGGACAGGAAUCGCAGAAAAUCAAGCUGGACAGACCGUAGAACUUACUUAAGGAUGAUGGUCAGAAUGAGACUAUUUUUCUUUAUUUUAUAGUCUCAAGAGGUGUGUUUGAUUUUGACUGUGGCUGGCUUUACUGAUCAAUGAGAUUUGCUGCUUAAAGUUGGGGGAGAAGUUGCGGAUCCGUCAAGUCGGACACUUUCUGCUUUCUGAAGUGAUGCUUGCACAGUGUUGUUUUUUUUCUAUCGCAAAUAAAGUGGAUUAGAUAUAA